AUGGCCUUCCAUGUGGCAGAUGCUCUCAAAACCCACAGGAGAGAUCAGCUCAUAGAGUGGAUAAAGGGCCUUCUAGCUGUGCCUUUUGUUUUGCACUCCCAUCCCACAGCCGUGUUCGAGCCCAAUGACGAGUCAGUCGAGCACCAAGCAAGCAUCGCCCAACGGCGGUAUGCAGAGAUCUUACGCGACGUUGAGGAAAUCAUCAACGACCACAUCCAACACCAGAAGGACGGCAAACCUGAUAGAUCCAAGCUGAAGCUUCUCGUUCCAACGGUAGCGAACUUCUUCACAUCCCUAGCAUUGCACGACGCUUUCAUCUGGCAAGACCAAAGGCGUUUCAUCAGCCACCGACGUUUCGUCCCCCCUUCUUUCAACGAUGUGCGUCUAGUUCUCAACACAGCUCAAGUGAUGAGUCUCAUUCGUAACGGCCCACUCGAACUCGUGACCUUUGACGGAGAUGUCACGUUGUAUGAUGAUGGCAAAGACUUGACAGAAGACAACCCGAUCAUUCCAAAGAUACUGGAUCUCAUGCGCCGUGGAUCCAAGAUUGGUAUUGUUACAGCUGCGGGGUAUACAGAGGCAAAACCAUACUAUGGCAGAUUAUAUGGACUGCUGGACGCUAUCCAGGCUUCUGACCUGCCCCUAGAAGCUCGGCAGAAUCUGAUCAUCAUGGGCGGCGAGAGCAAUUUUUGCUUCAAGUUCGAUGAGAACAGUCCAGUCCUGCUUCGCCUGAUUCCUAGAGAGGAAUGGCUGCUCAAAGAGAUGCUUUCAUGGCAUGAAUCAGACAUCAAAGACUUGCUUGAUCGGGCAGAAGCUUCUCUGAGGGACACGAUUAGGAACUUCCGUAUGGAGGCAGAUGUCGUACGGAAGGAGAGAGCAGUAGGAAUUGUACCCAAGCGCGGGCACAAGUUCUGCCGCGAGACGCUAGAGGAGACGGUUUUGAUCGUGCAGAAGAUACUUGAAAUAUCCGAGGUCGGUCAGCGUCUCCCGUUUUGCGCAUUCAAUGGUGGCAACGACGUGUUUGUCGACAUAGGAGAUAAGUCGUGGGGUGUUCUAGCCUGCCAGCGAAUCUUUGGAGGGAUUGAGGGCAGCAAAACGCUCCAUGUAGGCGACCAGUUCUUGAGUGCUGGAGCAAACGACUUCAAGGCUCGACUGGCAUGUACGACGGCGUGGAUCGCGAACCCGCAAGAGACGUGCCAGCUGCUCGAUGAAAUCACCGAGUUGGACGAAGUGCACCAGCGCAAGACAAGAUGA